CGAAGGGUUAAAUGCUUACAGGAAGUUCAUCCCUGGCGUGUAUAAAGACGCUUCCUGUGCUAAUUUUGUGAGAAACAUGUAUUGAAACAUUAAUGGCUUGACGGUAUAUACAGAUAUAAGACUCAAAUAAGAAGAAGAAGAAGAAGAAGAAGCAGCAGCAGCACAAGAUGAACUACGUACCAGGGACGGCAAGCCUCAUUGACGACAUCGAUAAGAAGCACCUGGUGCUGCUCCGAGAUGGAAGAACAUUGAUUGGUUACCUGAGAAGCAUUGAUCAGUUUGCCAAUUUAGUUUUUCACCAGACAGUUGAGCGCAUCCAUGUGGGAAAAAAGUUUGGUGACAUCCCCAGAGGAAUAUUCAUCGUGAGAGGAGAAAAUGUGGUGCUGCUUGGAGAGAUAGACAUGGAUAAGCCCUGUGACACGGUGCUGCAGCAAGUCUCCAUUGAAGAGAUCUUGGAGGAGCAGCGGCUGCAGCAGCAAGCCAAACAGGAGACAGAGAAAGUCAAAAUGCAGGUCCUGAAGGACCGAGGCCUGUCCAUACCCAAAGCUGACAACCUAGAUGAAUACUAGCAGCCUAGUUGCCGUGGGCCUCUUUCUCAGUUGGCAUUGAACUGACAAGUUUGAAGUUGAACCUGAGAGCGCAUGGGAGCCUGACUUUUUGUUUUUAAGUGGGGAGAACAUACCAUUAUAUGGAGUCCAGCUACUGUGAUGUACUGUAUCAAUUUAAUUUGAGGU